GGGAAGUUUCGGUGUCGUCAGGACCUUAUUAUUCUACAUCUAUCUGGCCCACUUGUGCUGGAUGUUCAAUGGGUGUGGCAAUGGAUGAAAGUUCAAUGGAGAACUUUCAGAAAAUUGAAAAAAUCGGCGAAGGAACCUACGGAGUUGUUUACAAAGCUCGCGAAAAAGCAUCAGGCAAACACGUAGCACUGAAAAAAAUACGGCUUGAUGCGGAAAGUGAAGGCGUUCCCAGUACUGCAAUUAGAGAAAUAUCUUUGUUGAAAGAACUAGAACAUCCUAAUGUUGUUCGCUUGCUUGAUGUAAUUCAUUGUGAUAUGAAGCUUUACCUUGUCUUUGAAUAUCUGACCAAAGAUCUUAAAAAAUAUAUGGACUCAUUUCCCAGCACUGAACACAUCAACCCAGCAUUAGUAAAGAGUUAUAUGUUUCAACUUUUAAAUGGAAUAUCUUAUUGCCACUCUCAUAGAGUACUUCACAGAGACCUCAAGCCUCAAAAUUUACUAAUUGACAUGGAAGGCAAUAUUAAAUUAGCAGAUUUUGGACUAGCUCGUGCCUUUGGUGUUCCGGUCAGAACUUACACACAUGAGGUUGUGACCUUAUGGUAUAGAGCUCCAGAAAUAUUGCUUGGGAGCAGAUUUUAUUCCACACCAGUAGAUGUGUGGAGCUUAGGCUGCAUCUUUGUUGAAAUGGUCAGAAGACAAGCACUGUUUCCUGGUGAUUCUGAAAUUGACCAGCUUUUUAGAAUAUUUAGAACUCUGGGCACUCCUGAUGAAUCUAAUUGGCCAGGUGUGACUAGUUUGCCUGAUUACAAAUCAUCAUUUCCAAAAUGGCCUGUAAAAGAAGUAGGACUACUCGUACCAGGAUUGUGUUCUGAUGGAAUAGAUCUUUUACACAAAAUGCUCACCUAUGAACCAAGCAAAAGAAUAUCAGCCAAAUCAGCUCUUCAUCACCCUUACUUUAUUGGUGUUUGCAGACAGUCUCCAGGAGGGGACAUUGUAAAAUAAGAAUUAAACAUUUUGGUGUUGAAUGGUAGAAUAAAAGUUGUUUACAAGAGCUACAAUAAUGUCUCCUUAUAACUGCUCUUCUCAUUAUUAAUGGCGUGUGCCAGAGGCGUAGCGACCCGUCCCGGCGCCCGGGGACAAACUUUCGAUUUGUACCCCCCCAACUUUCAAUUUGGUGCCCCCGCUAAGGUCAAACGCCUGCACCCCCCCCCCCCCUCGCUACGCCUCUGGCGUGUGCUUUUAUAAUUGAAAUGCAGCAGGCUUACUUAUAUAUAGAGUUGUAACUUUUCCACUUUUUUAUGGAGUAUUUGGAAAUAGAAGAAAAUUGUCAACCAAAAAAGUUAUCUUUUUCCACUUAACAAAUUUUACAAAAAAGGUCUGAAAGAUUCCCAGCUGAUAAAUUUUUCCCAUUUCGAAUAUUGCCAAAAAUAGUAAAGGCAAAUUUAUUUCAACACAAGUUAAUUUACCAGAGACAUUGGUGGAAUCAAUUAUAAUACUUUGUAUUUCACACUUAUCUCACAUAAACCCAAACCACCCAUCACCAUCUUCCAAUAUUUCUUGUUCAUAAUCAUAUUGUCUCAAUUUUGCUAAUGAUUUUAUUUAAAUAUCUAAAUUUAUCAGUUAUGUAUCCUCUUAGGUUUGGAAGGCUAUGAUGAGCACUUUUAAUGGUGAAAGGGUUGAACAAAAUCUAGACCUACCACUAUAAUUUUUUCACCUUAGUUUACCAGGACCCAAUUGUUUCAAAGAUUACAGAAUGUUCUUGAAUUGUUUUUAAAAAUCUUUAAACACCAUAACUUGUUCGACAAAAUUUACUAACAUCUCUGAAUAUAAUAUUUUAUUUUAGAUAACCCAGUACUCAUCAACUUAGUGUGGUUCUUAUGCACUCAGAGAAAUAUCUAGUUUAGAUUAUUGUUACUGUUCUCUCUGGACUGCAUUACUUUUUGUAUGAAAUGUUUUUUCUUAUUUUUUUGGUGCACUCUGAGAAUUAUUAGUAAUUAAUUAGAAUGGGUAUAUUAUUCUGCCGAGGAUACAUUAUGCAAUAAUUAUCAGUCUAAUGUGGAAUGACCUUCUAAAAAUGUCUAUCUCUGUAGCCAUUCAUGCAAGGUAAAAAAAAAGAUCACAAUCUUUUUGGUUUCAAACAAUCCUUAACCGAUUUGUUAGAAUUUUUUAAUUAAGCCUUGGACAAUUUCACUCCAACAAAAUUAUAUUUAUGUCAAAUAUUAAUAAUAAGGGACAAAAUGAAAAACCAUUGAGUUCAAUUUAAAAUAAGAGAAUUAACAAACAUUUUAGUUUUUUUUAUAUGUGAAUAAAGAAGUAAACUUUACUAAGUAAUAUAUUGUUAGUUUUGUCUUUUAGUAUUUUAAUUUUAAAAUAGAUUUUGUGUAUUAGAUGUUAAUAGAGCCGGUGUUAAGAAUACGCGGGGCUUAGGGCCUACUAUCCGCCAGGGCCUGCUUUUUUUAUUUUUUAUAGCCUAUAUUAUAUGUAUAUAAUAUACAUGUAUACAUAAUGGGCCUAAUACAUCCAUGUUUUAGAGUUUAUAAGCUUGCAAAACUUCUCACUUAAAUAAGAGAUGUUCACCUCUCCCACGAAUUACCCAUUGUUCUUUGUUGUUGUUUUUUUCUAAGAUAUUAAAUCACUUUUGACAGUUAUGUAAUAGAUACCAAAUCACUAAAGCAAAUUUAAUCACAUGCCAAACAAUUAGGGAAAAAAAGUUGUUUUAAUAGUGUGACAGCCAGAUACACCUUAUUUAUGAGUUUCCCCGACGGCAUGCUAAGCUUACGACGUGUGAAGAAUCAAGACAGCUUUACAAUAAAGUGAACUCUACCCGAUGUAACAAAACAGUAU